AUGUUAGGUCGCGCAUCAGUCAUAAACUGGGCACCCCCCGCCACUACCCCGUACGCUCCAACAGAUGUUUCGACUCCGACGGACAUCUCGACUAGCCGCCGCUGUGCGGACACAUCUAUUCCCCCGCCUCAAGCCUCAUCAUCAUCGUCCCCCCAUAUACCGGUUAUCGUUUCCCCACCACCCGCACAGGCUAUCAUCGGCGGAAUAGUCGCAAGAUCCCCCGCGACCACCGCACUACCACUUUCACUUUCACCACCGUCCGUUGAGGAAGGCGAGUCCCAUACGGAAAAUACUAGUAAAAACAUCAAACGUAAAAAGGCGCGUAUUCAAAAGGUUAAUACGCCGGGCUUUAUCGAGAUCGAGUCAUCGCAUAAACGGGCGAUCGUAUGGUAUUUUAGGAAGAACGUUGAUAACGUAGCCAGUUAUCGUGCGUUCCUCAAUUCGAUAGAGUCCGAAUUAAUCGCAAAAUUACGCGAGUGCGUGCGUAUUAACCCGAUCAAAUAUAACCUGAAAUUAGAGGCCACAUACGUCGUACCAAAUUUACCCAAUUCAGCUCAAAAUCGCGCAUUUAAAACUUCGGCCCGUGAAUUAUACGGGCACAGUAAUGUCGAACGUUUGGUCGAUCGCGAUUUCGCAGCGCUCCAGGCCGAAGAGGAUUGUUACGCCGGAAAGUGUAGUGUAUUUUCCUUAUCGUGUAUCGACGGACUGCUCUUGGGUGUGUACGAGUACACGCCUAUGGGGGGAUCGUCGUACUUACCGUUGCCGAAAAGUAUUUUGAAUAGGAAGGCCGUUGUCAACCCACAAAAUAUUGACCAGCAAUGUUUCAAGUGGGUGAUCCUCGCCAAACAUGUAUUUAACGAUCGCACAAGAGUAGGUACGAAUUAUUCGAGGGAAGAACACCGAUACGACUUUUCUGCACUAUCAACCCCCACUCCGGUGUCCAAAAUAAAGGUAUUUGAAAAGUCGAAUCCCGGGACGUCCGUUAAUGUAUACGGCGUAAGAAAAUGCGUAAAAAAUAAAAAUAAUAAAAAGUCGUCCACACAAUCUGUCGCGUACCCUCUGCGAAUCGUGGAUGAAGAAAAGGAGAAUCAUUUUGACCUGCUACUGAUUACCGGGAAGGAUGACAAGAAUCAUUACGCGAUCAUUUCUAAUUUUUCACGCCUAGCCAGUUCGCAAAAAAAUAAUCACCAACAUCGAUUAUUUUACUGCAAACGGUGCUUCAUCAGUUUUGAGGACCGCCCAUUAAAAUAUAAAUUACACGGAGAGAGGGCACUGGCCAACCACCGUUUACUGUGCGGCUCACACAAACCGGUUGUUCCUCUUAUGCCGAAAGAAGGAGACACGCUCAAAUUCAAGGCGUGGUGUAAGACGGGUCGCCUGCCGUUUGUGGUAUACGCUGACUUUGAAGCCCUACUACUGAAAACGGGGCGAAAACAAGGUGAAAAUACCACUGCGAUACACGAACACCAUCCAAUGAGCUACGGGUACCAUGUUGUCGCGGCGGAGGGGGUGCUGACAGAGUUGCUCGACCAGUUCGACAUACCGCGAGCUCCAGUCAUUUUCCGUGGUUCAGUUACUCAGGACGAUGUUGCCAAACGCUUUGUCAGCGAUGUACUCGGCGUGACCAAAAAGAUAGCAAGAUUAUAUAAGGAAGUAAAUGUACCGAUUAUUAUGAGUAUUGAGGAUUGUCACGUGCAUGACGUCAAGACAAUGUGUGACUUGUGCAGUUGUACGUUUAGCGAACGCAAUUGUAAAACUGCACACCACGACCACUUGUCGGGACGUUUUCUAAAAACAUUAUGCAACACGUGCAACCUUAAGUUGAAAACACCGAAUUUUGUACCGUGCUAUCUGCAUAAUCUGUCCAACUACGACGCCCAUUUUAUCGUGACGAAUUUGGCGUGCGACGGCGACAAUAAUCGAAUAUCGGUAAUAGCGAACACCGAGGAGAAAUAUAUUUCGUUCUCGAAGUAUAUUAACAACUCGUUCUCCGUUAGGUUUGUAGACACGUGUCGAUUCAUGGCGUCGAGCUUGGCGCACUUGGCGGAGAACUUCACCUCCGCGAACUUUGAUAAGUUUCGCGAAGUCGCGAAAGUGUUCGCCCCGUCGGAGAUGGAGUUGGUUACGCGGAAAGGCGUAUAUCCGUAUGAAUAUACAGAUUCGUGGGAUAAAUUGGACGCUACGUCGCUACCGGAUAAGUUCCAAUUCUACAGCGCGUUGACGGAGACGCACGUGAGUGACGAGGAUUAUAGUCACGCGACCAGGGUCUGGAAUCAUUUCGGCUGCACCUCACUCGGCGCUUAUAGCGAUUUAUACCUUUAA